CAAUUACAUAUUAUCGAAAUAGUGACAAUUAUUUUUAUCAGGAUUUGGUUUGGCGUCAAGUUAACCUGGAAUUUGCUUGAAUUGUCUUUUCUUGUUUUAAUUUUGAAUAAUUGCAUAUAAUUUUAACUAAAUGCCGACCAAACCGAUUGUGAAAAUAAAGUACAAAACAUUGGAAAUUUAACGGUUGACAUUGUGCCCAAUAAAUAAAUACUUACAAUUGUUAUGAUACAAAUAUCUAUUUGGAUGGCCUUUGGUACCAUCCGCACUUAACAUUACCCAUAAAUGUUUAAAAUGCUGUUAAAACGACCAAAAGUCUGGACAAUGUAGAUUUCUUCAGGGGCACAUUAGAUCUAAUCCUUAUUAUUAUAUAAUUAAAUUAUCCACUUAUUUAAUUUUCAGGUUUCCAUUGAGCCAACUUUUCUUCUUUUAUUCAAUUGUCUACUUAUCCGCUCAAUUAGUUCCUUCUUCAUAAUUAACCUUUAUUAGUAAAAAUUAAGAUAUUUCGAAGUUCUCGUUUUGACUCCAAACUAAUUAUAUUUCAUUUCUAGCAUUUCAUUCAUCAGAUCGAUGUGUAUUAUCUAUAUUCAUAAUCAAAAUGAAAUGUUCCAAAUACAUUUGGGUGCAAGUUCAUACUUACCUUAAAGAAUUAUAUCUACUUUCUUACUCAACUAAUUAAAAUAUUUGUUUAUAAACUCCCGUCUUAAACUAAACCAUAUGCCAAGGACAGGUUAAGUAAUUCUUUAUCGAAGGUUCGACGAUUUUCCAACAAUUUCCCCAUUUUUAUGAGGAUCUUGCCCUAAUUAUUAAUGGGUUGUUGAAAGACGCAAAUUGAACCUCAAUUAAAGAGUUUUGUAUGCAAAUUACACACGGAAAAAUUAUACAAUUUUUCUUCAUAAUUGUGGAAACAUUAUAGUAUUCUGGAAGCUCUAAUCGAACAUGGCGAUAUAUCCAAAAUGUCGGCUGAUCCAAAUAUCUAUGAUAAGUUCUUCGUUAGUGGGAACAUUCCCCUGGCAAUUCAUGUUCCAAGAUAACAAAAUACUUAAAAACAUGUACGCUAUGUAUUCGAAAUUAAUGUUGGGAUAUUUCACGUUAUUUGUAUUCUCUCAACAGUUAGAACUGUUGAUUUUAAUAACCGAUGAAGAAGUAAUGAGAAAUGCUAUUUUCGCCAAUAUAUCCGUUACACCUAUAUACACCAUCACACUUGCAAAGCAACUGAUUAUGAUGUUAAAUAGUAGUUUCAGAGCUACUAUUAAGCAAAUUAUCGACACUGAAAAGUGCAAAUCUCCCAUUGAAGAUGACGAGGUAUUUGAAAUUGAACUUAGAAUCGUCCAAAGAAGCAAUAAACUUGUAAAAUAUUACGGAUUGAUGAUGUUUGUUUUGGGAACAUUAUAUUGCGUUAAACCGAUUCUAAUGACUCCAAAUAUAGUUUCAAGUGGCAACACGACGAAGGCAAUCGGAUUUUUUCCACUAUCUUCAUGGUUUCCAUUUGAUGAACAAAAACAUUACCCAUACGCUUACAUGUGGCAAACUCUAAGCCUUUUACAAGGAACUAUGUAUGUCACAACAACAGAUAUUUUAAUGUUCAAUUUAAUAGUAUUUACUGCUGUUCAACUGAGAAAAUUGAAGCACCUACUGAAAAAUUUUGUCCAUUACAAGGAAAGAUUUAUGACUUUAUAUAAUAUUGUAGAUGAUGAACAAGCGGCAAAAAUCACUUUGAUUUACUUCAUACGCAGACAUAAGGAAAUUAUCGAAUAUGUGCGGCUAUUUAAUGAGUCAAUGGAAAUUGUGAUGGUUUUUGAUUUUUUGCAAAGCUCCUUGCAUAUUGCCUCCGUUCUGCCCGAAGUUUUAAUGUCCGAAAUUUCUUUAAUGGUCGUACUAACCGUGGCUUCGUUCUUGGGAAGUAUGCUUUUCAGAUUGAGUCUAUAUUACUACCAUGCCAAUAACGUAAUUAUUUUGAGUGCAGAAUUGUCCUACUCAAUAUAUGAAAGUAACUGGUUUGACCAAACGCCUAAAGUGAAACAAAUGAUAUUAAUUUUUAUGCUCAGAACACAAGAACCGCUAACACUGCGUAUUGGAGGCUUCGCGGUGAUGUCCAUUGAGUCACUUAUUGCGAUUUUGAAGGCCACUUAUUCUUACGUGAUGCUGAUGAUCUAAAAAGGCAACCAACAAUAAGCUCUAUUAUUCAAGUCAAACUUUGCACACUUUGAACACCUUGCACUUGAAUUACUUUACAUAAAAGGGAAACAUCUGGUUGAUUAAAAACUCUGCAAUUUUGUGCACUGCAAACUUGUGAAAGUUGAUUUCUCAAAGCCAAUAGAGGUUUUUAGAGUAUAAAUGUAAUACUUUUUUCGAGUUACAAAAUGUUUGGUGCAAGCUAACGAUUUAAUGUAUGUAAUUAUUGUACUGCAUGAAAAAAGAUAUUGUUCAGUUGGUUAAGUCUAAUCAAUAAACACCUUCGCAUCUCAGUUGAA